AUGUCGUUGCACUCGGAACGAGUAAAGACGCCACUGCCGGAGCAGUUAAAGAAUUCCUUUUCGUUUGGAAAUACAUCACAGAACGAAGAGGAUGGUAUUGAAGAGGAAACAAUGAUGGACGAUCAUCACUUUGAAAUGAAGCAAACAGAGGACGGAGCUAAUUUAGAAGAAUUUCAUCGUUCCGAGAGUAUUCAAGAGGAGCCUGCUACACAUCAAAAUACAACAGCAGCAAACAACUCUAGAAGAAAUCGAUUCAAUCAAGACAUGAGCCAGGCUGCAACCGAGGUUGAUGAGGAGCCAAGCGACAGGAAACAGAAGAAAAGAGUCAAGAAGAAAAAACUAAAGAAAAGAAUUGAAGAAGAGAACACUGAGGAGCCCAACCAGGCAUCGAGCGAAAUUAUUUCCGCAACAAAUGACACGAACAUCAAUUCGACCAUUAAGAAUGAUCUCUUUGCAGACAUGAAGAGAAAUCACUACUUAACCAUUUCUCCAAACGAUAUUAUUACAAAAGAUGUUGAGGAAGGUGAUGAUGGUAAAACCGAAGAAAAUGUAAUUGAGACAGCCAGAAAUGUCAAAACUCAGGGACCUACAUCACAAAGACAAAAAACAAUAUUUAUUGAGAAUCCUGUGAGCGGCCAGUUCAGAAAAAUUAAGGAGGCUGAUUUGAACAAUCACAAGGACGUGAACGAGGAAAUGGUUGAAGAUGAACAAGAAAUUAUUGAACGUGAGAUUAAUUCCUAUAGUUCCACAGUUUUGAUCACUAACAAUAAUCUGUUUGUAAUUUUGAACUUUACCCAAGGUCUUUUGGUUGGAUUUUGUCUCUUUCACCUUCUUAUCAACAUUCCUCUCUAUAGCCAACUGGUAGCUUUCGCUGAGUGGUAUUCUUCGGUUGCAACAAUUCUACAAAAGAUUUACAUGUUCAUUUGUAGUAUCUGUGCUGUUCUCUCCUUUUACAUUCUUUCAAUUGAAAUACGCCCUCCAAUUCAAAAGAGUACAAUAUUUACAGAGUUGGUUGUGGAAAAUUCGUCACCUUUGAAAAGGUCUACAAGAACUGUGUCAUUUCUAGUGAAGUCAUUACUAUGUGUAGAGGCAUUCUCAUACUUGUUGGCCUUUUUAAGCAGUGUCAUAAUUGCAUAUGCUGACGAAUUCUUUGCAUUUUACUUCUACAAGGUUGGAUCGAACUGGACAACUACAAUUUCAGUAGCUGACAGUGAAAUGAUUCCUAGAUAUGUUAUUUUUUGGCAUGUCCUUAAUGGAGUGAGAGCAUUGAGCAGUAUAGUUGGAUGGGUGUCUGCGACCAUAUUAUUCAGAGGUUUAAGGAGACAAACAGAGACGAUGUUUCAGCAUCUUUUGAAGCAACAAAGAAGUGGCGAUCAACGAUGA